UUGGUGUUCCCCUUCUCCCGGCAGCUCUCAUGGUACCAAGUGACACGGCGGCCUUCCUGUGACCCGGGGACGCCAGACCUUCUGAGAAGAUGUCAGCAAUCCAGGCCGCCUGGCCAUCCGGUACAGAAUGCAUUGCCAAGUACAACUUCCACGGCACUGCCGAGCAGGACCUUCCCUUCUGCAAAGGAGAUGUGCUCACCAUUGUGGCGGUCACCAAGGACCCAAACUGGUACAAAGCCAAGAACAAGGUGGGCCGUGAGGGCAUCAUCCCAGCCAACUAUGUCCAGAAGCGGGAGGGCGUGAAGGCCGGCACCAAGCUCAGCCUCAUGCCCUGGUUCCAUGGCAAGAUCACACGGGAGCAGGCGGAGCGGCUUCUGUGCCCACCAGAGACAGGCCUGUUCCUGGUGCGGGAGAGCACCAACUACCCCGGGGACUACACGCUGUGUGUGAGCUGUGAUGGCAAGGUCGAGCACUACCGCAUCAUGUACCACGCCAGCAAGCUCAGCAUCGACGAGGAGGUGUACUUCGAGAACCUCAUGCAGCUGGUAGAGCACUACACCUCGGACGCAGACGGGCUCUGUACACGGCUCAUCAAGCCGAAGGUCAUGGAGGGCACAGUGGCAGCCCAGGAUGAGUUCUUCCGCAGCGGCUGGGCACUGAACAUGAAGGACCUGAAGCUGCUGCAGACCAUUGGGAAGGGGGAGUUUGGAGACGUGAUGCUCGGUGAUUACCGAGGGAACAAAGUCGCCGUCAAGUGCAUUAAAAAUGACGCCACUGCCCAGGCCUUCCUGGCCGAAGCCUCUGUCAUGACGCAACUUCGGCAUAGCAACCUGGUACAGCUUCUGGGCGUGAUCGUGGAAGAGAAAGGCGGGCUCUACAUCGUCACUGAGUACAUGGCCAAGGGGAGCCUGGUGGACUAUCUGCGGUCGAGGGGUCGGUCGGUGCUGGGCGGAGACUGUCUCCUCAAGUUCUCACUAGAUGUCUGCGAGGCCAUGGAAUACCUGGAGGGCAACAACUUCGUGCACCGGGAUCUGGCUGCCCGCAACGUGCUGGUGUCCGAGGACAACGUGGCCAAGGUCAGCGACUUCGGCCUCACCAAGGAGGCCUCCAGCACCCAGGACACAGGCAAGCUGCCAGUCAAGUGGACAGCCCCGGAGGCCCUGAGAGAGAAGAAAUUCUCCACCAAGUCUGAUGUGUGGAGUUUCGGAAUCCUCCUCUGGGAAAUCUACUCUUUUGGGCGAGUGCCUUAUCCAAGAAUUCCCCUGAAGGACGUCGUCCCUCGGGUGGAGAAGGGCUACAAGAUGGACGCCCCCGACGGCUGCCCGCCUGCGGUCUACGAGGUCAUGAGGAACUGCUGGCACCUGGAUGCUGCCGUGCGGCCCUCCUUCCUGCAGCUCCGGGAGCAGCUCGAGCACAUCAAAACCCACGAGCUGCACCUGUGACCGCCGGGCCCCCAGCGCCCCGCCCCGCCCCGCCCCGCCCAGGUCGUGGGCCUGCGGGGACUGAACCUGGAGAGAUUGUGGACCUGGUGCCCCCACUUGCUGGGCCCAAGCCUGAACUGAGCCCAGCGGGCCCGUGGGCCUCUUCCGUCUGCCCCAGCCUGCGCCCCCUCUGGCCCCCCAGAGAUCCUGCCUAGGCCUGGCACCUUUUCUCAUGGACCCACCCAUGGGGCUUCGGGAGCCCCACCGAAGGGCCAGGAAGGGAGGAGGCUGGGGAGCAUGAGGCAGAUGUCCCCUACCGUGGUCAGGCCUCUCCUGGCCUCCCAUCUCUCGCCUUCUUAGAGUUUUAUUCCUUUCCUUUUUUGAGAUUUUUUCCCGUGUGUUUAUUUUUUAUUAUUUUUCAAGAUAAGGAGAAAGAAAGUACCCAGCAAAUGGGCAUUUUACAAGAAGUACGAAUCUUAUUUUUCCUGUCCUGCCCACCGGGGUUGGGGAGACCAGGCCCCUCUCUAGGGACCCAUCACCCCAGCCUUGUGCCCGUGUUCCGUGUCCCGUGUCGCCUCGGUCGCCCCGUGUUUGCGCUUGACCACGUUGCACUGUUUGCAUGCGCCCGAGGCAGACGUCUGUCGGGGGCUUGGAGUCCAUUCGUGUGCCACUGCCACCCGCCCACCUGCCUUGUGAGAUGGAAUCGUAAUAAACCACAUGAGGACACCGCU